AUGAACCCGAACGGCACCCCGGCUGGCGGGUCGUUGUUCCAGCAAAUGUACAGCGCGCAGCAGCAGCAGGCCUACGGAGACCACCCUUCUCAGCCACUGCCGCCUCCACCACAGCAACAACAGGGCAACCAGGGCGCCGCCUAUCUGCAACACCCCUACGCAGCGCCGCAACAAAACGUGGCCACACCUUCGUGGACUCAUGCCGGCCACAGCUACCAGCCCCAGCAGAUGCCAGUCCCACAGUACAGCAACUACGCGCAGCAGCAGCCCGUACCGGUUCCGCUGGUGUACCAACCGUCGGUUCAGGAUGACGACUACUACAAGGGUUUCCAUGACGGCGUUGUGCGUCCAUCUGGGCCGGUGUGGGGAAGCGUUGUCAGCUGGAUUGUGCCUCUUGUGGUUAACGUGGCCUUCUUUGUCGGUCCUAUCUGGUAUUUCCGGCGCAAGUACAUGCAGGCCAUGGGGAGUGCGACUAACUCGGCCUCCGCAUUAGGGGGAAAGGGUGGCACUGGAGGCUCUUCCAGCAUGAUGAGCGGGCUCAUGGAUAUGAUGAACCCGAUGAAGCCGAAGAACUUUCGCACCGAGGUGAGGGGGACGACAUUCAAGGAUGUCAUCGGUAUCCCAGAAGCGAAGGAGGACCUGAAGCAGUACGUGGACUUCUUGAAGGACCCUGCUAAGUUCACUCGUCUCGGAGCGAGGCUGCCGAAAGGGUGUCUGCUGACCGGUCAGCCUGGUACCGGCAAGACGCUGCUGGCCCGCGCGGUGGCCGGAGAAGCAAGCACGCCGUUUUUCAGCUGCUCAGGCGCCGAUUUUAUUGAGAUCUUUGGCGGCAGCGGCCCAAAGCGCGUGCGUGAGCUUUUCGAGGAGGCAAAGAAGGCGGCCCCAUGCGUCGUGUUCAUUGAUGAGAUCGACGCGAUCGGCUCGCGCAACCAGGGAGGCCGCUCCAUGGGCGGCGGCAGCAGCGAGGAGAACCGUACCAUCAACCAGCUUCUUGCCGAGCUGGAUGGUCUGACCAGCAAGGAGGCGAUAGUGGUGAUUGCCGCCACAAACUAUCCAGAGGCUGUUGACAAGGCGCUGCUGCGUGAGGGUCGCUUUGACCGAAAGGUAAAUAUUCCCAUGCCCGAUCAUAAGGCACGCUGCGAGCUAUUUGAGUUUUACCUUAACCGCAUCAUCACAGGCGACCCAAACUGUAAGCCCAAGGUUCAGGUCUUCAAGACGCGUCAGCAGGCUGAGGUUGGAGGUAGCGGUGCCGCAUCAGCGUCUCACUCAUCUACCUCGGUCACCAGCGAGGAGGUCAAUACAGAGAGGAAGACGCUGGUGACCGAGGACGCCAAGCCUGAGUCGUUGAAAGUAAUCCCCGGCGUGAGCAAUAAGGAGUACGCCGUCGUGCUGUCCGAACGCACUCCAGGCGUGUCGCCAGCACAGAUUUCUACAGUCGUGAACGAGGGUGCCCUCAACGCGGCCAUGAACGGCAAGGAUGUUGUGCCGCUGGAGGUGCUUCAGGACAGCAUUGACGACGUCCUCAUCGGCAAGAAGCACCGUCAGCGCAUGAGCGACACGGCGCUGCACCGCACGGCCUAUCACGAGGUGGGCCACUGCAUCAUGGCCUGGACAAACCCGCUGCAGAAGGACGUCAUCAAACUGUCCAUCAUUCCCCGUGGCCGCGCCGGCGGGUACACCCAGCAGGUGCAGGACGAGGCGAUGGAGCCGCAGACAGACGAGUUUCUCUUUUCGCAACUGUGCGUGCUGAUGGGUGGCCGAGCUGCAGAGCGAAUCUUCGAGAGGGACAUCUCAAUAGGUGCCAUGGACGACCUACAGCGUGCCACGCGCUUGGCGAUGGAGAAGCUGCUGAAGUAUGGCAUGUCCAAGACGAUCGGCCAACUCGCCUUCAAGCCAAAUGACAAGAAUGACGGCCGUGCGUGGAUGACAUGGUCAGAGAAUCUGCACGCCAAGGUGGAGGCCGAGGCCCGCGCGCUUGUCGAGUCGGCAUACGUGCACACCGAGAAGACUUUGCUGGCUCACAAGGAGCAGCACCAGAAGCUGGCCGAGUUGCUCCUUGGCAAAAAGGAGCUGAAUAAGGCGGACAUUGCGAGCGUCCUUGGCGCCCGCCCGGUGCUGCGGGCCUAG